AUGUCAGCAGCGUCGCUGGCGGUAUUGUCGUUGUGCGCGCUCGGCGGCGCGGCGGUCGAGUGCCGGCAGCUGCCGCUCGUUACUGGAUUCGAGAAAAGCAUCAACGUCAGCGGGAGAUCCGCCGUGGCAGCUUACCCCGCUGUCACCGAGAACGAGAGCCUCGUUUACGCCGUCUGCGAUCGGACGGCGUCACUGUACACGCGCAAGUCCUGCGACGUCAGCGUGGAGACGCCUGUCUUCGUGAACGCGUCCUUCAAGGACACCUGCCCCGUCCGCUUUGCAGCCGACGAUGCCAGGCACAACGUGCUGUCGCGGCUGGUCGUGUACUCGUUUGGAGACGACAAGGUCUUGUUUUUCUGGAGGCAAGACGAUCACCGCGACAACUCGAGCCGAACGAAGCUCAGGCUGCUGAAGAUGCCGCUUUGCGAGACCGUGGACUUGCCGAUUGCCGCCAGCGGAGUGGCCUUCGUCGUAAUUUACAGGGCCAGCUUGGAAUUAGGCUUGCUCGACGAGAAAUACUGCCACUCGCGGUCCUGUAAGAUCACGUUGAACGACGACGGCCGAUUGAUCGACGGCCCAACAAAAAUUUUAAUGGACGUGGAAUUCGAGUUCAUCUACAGUCUAGCGCCGGUGUCUCAUCUCUCUCCAAACGAAGGUUUUUACGUUUCGGUUGUUCCCGGAGCGAAGGAAUCGCGACUGGAGCCGAGGCGCCGUCACCGUUUGUUCAAAGUCUACUGGGACGGCGUGGCUACCGAGCUUACGGACAUGUCCGUCGAGAAGUACAGCAGCUUUUCCAACGCGUACGGCUACUUCACCAGCUGCGAGUCGAGCGGCAACACGACGAUCAAUUGCCGCCAGUACGACGCGUCGAUGAAUCUGAAAACGAACGCCACCGUCUCGUUUUUGGAUUACGGCUUGAACCGAUGGAUGCAACCGCACAAUCUGCAGGACGGCAGCCUGCUGCUGGUCACUGGUGCCGAGAGCAGCUUCAACAGUGGACGCUACAAAAAGUUCCAGCUGAUAAUGCUGUACGUUACGAAGCAGAGACCGUUGGUGGUCGAAGGACUCAACGUCAAGUGUAAACCCAUCGGAUGUUUGCGUGUCUACGUGUUAGAAAACGACAUCGAUGAGAUUUGCUUUUACUUCGUUUGCGAUCGAGGUGACCAUCGUCGAAGCGAACUUAAAUACUCUGUCAAGUGUUUGCCGAAGACUUAUCUCAAUGUGCUCGAGCGAAGACCAGCUGUUGCAAGUUAAUUACCACGAUUGUUCGCAUUUUUAUAGUCAUUUCAAAAAUUCUUUACUCAUACCAGUGUAGCAUUAAUAAAUCUACAAAA